AAUAGUCAUGCAUGAUCAACUACAAUAGAUUCUCGCUAUUUUGGCUCUCUGAAGUACGGCCACCUCGAUAUACCAGCCAUUUUGGUUUGGCACGGAUUGCUAGCAAGAUACAAACUUACCCUGAAAUGCGGCCAUGCACUCGCUUUUCUGUAUACUGGCCAUGGCAGUACUGGUUGCCCCAAACAAAGUUUGGUAAGACAAGAACUGCAAAAUAAUUAGUCAUUAGAUAGAGGUAGGUAUAAGUAUAUAGCCAUAAUAGUUACAAAUGCGUCCCGCAUACGCUUAUUGUCAUUCUUUAUUUUCUCUAAUUGUGUCAAUUAGAAUUCCGACCUAGCCAUGCAUAUACACUAAGUGCUCAGAUGUUUCUCUCCAGCUUAAUAUAAAUCAACUGAGCAUGCAUGCUUUUACUUACCUGAGACUUGUAUAAAAGCAUGAUCUUUGGAGCUUUCUUCACUCUCAGAGAUUUCAAGACAUCUUUAACAACAAAAGUCAGAAAAACCAACUGAACAAAAUGAAGUUGCUGCUGCUUGUGGUUUGCUGUAUGAUUUCCUCAUCACUAGCUGGUCUGAUUGACAAAGAGGCUAAACUGGAAACUGUGUUCAAUGAAAUUGAGGAGGUAUUACAAGAUCUGAAAGCUGAUGAUAAUGACGAGCCUCAUCCUGAGCCAAUUGGAGACAUUCAAAAAUUUGAGUCGAUGUUCAAUGAUCGUGAACUUCAGAAUGGAGCAGUGAUCGAGGGAGAUAUUUCACCAAAGCCAUCCCACAAACAAGACUCACAAGGGAAAUCUGCCAUGGAGGAGAUGUUGCUUCACACUGAAAACAUUGACGAGGCAACUGCUGAAGUGGAAGCUGCUGGAGGCCGCGUUCUACUCCAACUUGGUCACAACCUCUUAGUUGUAAAAGUCCCCUCUCAUGUAGCCAAGCAGAAUAGCUUCAGUCAAGCUUCAGCCCAUAUUUCGAGCUCAGCAUCAGCGGAAACUUUUCGCCAUGCUCAUGCCUACUGGACGGCACGAGAAGAUGAGCUGAAACCACAACCACCGGUUCAAAAGUGGACAGAAAGAAUGGCUCCAAUGGCCUUUAAACAAGAAGAUUCAGACGAAGGUUCUCAGAUAGGUACACCCUACCGCCAAACCAUGACUGGGAAGAUUGGUGUUAUUAUUCUUAUUGCUUCGGGUCCUGGUAGCUUAGCAAUAAACAAUGCUGAGUAUAAUACGAUUUCCAGUGAAUGCCUAAGAGGGCUUAAAUUCUGGUCAGACCAUGCCUCGGUAGAAGGGGUUACUUUGUCGUUUGUGAUGUAUGAUACGAGGGCAACAAUCAGUGCUGAAAAUCCAACUUCUUGCCCUAGCCGUGAAUCUUGCCACAAUGUGUUUGUUGAUCCUACACUUCAAGCUUUUCAUUACCCAACUGGUAAAGCUGGAAUGGACCAAUUAGCACAAAAUGUCAAAAGCUACUAUAACGCUGAUGGUGCUUUCCUUGCUUUCUUCUCUAAGUACAGGCAAAGCCAUUAUGCGUAUUCCCGUAGUGGCGGACCUAUAUACAUGCAGUACAGCAAUGACGGUUGGGGUCCCGAUCAGAUUGACAGGGUUUUCGCUCAUGAAGCUGGACAUGUUUUUAACGCUCCUGACGAAUACGGAGCAUGUCAGUGUACCGAACUGUAUGGCAAGGGAAGCUGCACUGCUAAAAAUUUUAACUGCAAGGACUGCACUUCUUCUCCAACUAGCUGCAUUAUGGACAGCAAUAUGGCUCUGGAUAGCCUUUGCGAGAAUACCAAAAAACACGUGGGUUGGUGCUAAAGGAAAAUACUUCUGGACUGCUUUACGGACUUGACCUAAUUAUAGUGUGCUGUGUAUAUUUAGCUUUUACUGAUUUGUAGCUAUAUAAUAGACUCUAUAAUUGUAUAUCCUCUGAUAAUAGAGCAUAUACAUUUUUGAAUAGGGACUGUAUACCUUCACUGUACUACAGUGUAUCCUUUUAGUUUUGUAGCUAUUAUGUCAAGGACGUAUAAACAUAGA